GGAGCGUCAAGUCACAUUAUAAGAAGAUGAUAAAAUUGCCUGGAGAUUGAAUUGUAUCUCGUGUUUCCAAGUAGCUCCUGGUAGUUGAGAUCUUCAUUCGCCUCUCUCUCCACACCAGCCAUCCAGUCACCGUCUCCCCCAAUCCGCUGCCAAAAACAACGAAAUUGUUCCCAAAGUCUCGUUCUCGCCAGUUAUCUGUCAACCACUACCCCCUUCCCUGCUUACUACCUCGCUCCACCUCGAUAGCCACCAAAACCAUCACCAUCUCCCCUCCAAACAACUUAUCCAUCCGCUGUGGCCUAUCCCGAACCGCCCCCUCUUAUCAGCCCUCAACAGCCCUCUCCAACCGGUAUCGUACACUCCAACUUCAUCCCAUCCUCUCCCAAAAGUUUACUCAACAGCCAUGUUCUCAACGGCCUCACUCCCACUCCUCACCUCUCCAACUCGCUCUCUUCCAUUCACGAGGUCGACAAAUAACAACAGCUCAGAAUCGCUCGUACACGCUCUCUUCAUUUCCUUCUCCGUCUAUACUGCCACUAUACUACUGCCAUACACCCGACUCUCCCCUCAACUUUCUACUCAACUACUCUCCCACUCUCCCACUCUUCCACUCUCCCACUCUCCCACUCCCCCACUCUCCGACUCUCCUGCCCUCUGCUCGCUAGGCCUUCACCUAGCCACUCACCCUCUCACCCUCACCCUUACACACUCCACAAGCCGCCCGUCCAUUCGUACACUCGUCCAGCCAUCAGUCAUCCCGUCGUCACUCAUACAAUGUAACAGCCAACCACAACUCUCAGCCUCUUCAACUCCCACUCUCCACACACGCACUACUCUCUCUGCUCAUCCGCAAGCACUCCCGUUCCACCGUCUCCUUUUCCACUGGGUCGAAUAUGCUCUCACUCUUCUCCUCUCUCCACUGAGCCCGCCGCAAGCACUCCAGUUCGACCGUCCACCUUUUCUCUCAGUCGAUAUGCUCUCACUCUUCUUCUCUCUCCGAUCUGCCGCAAGCAUUCCUGUUCGACCUCUUCGCCUUUCCACUCAGUCGAAAAUGCUCUCACUCUCUCGUCCUCUCCCCCACCUCUUCAACUCGACCGCGCCCUCUCAAUCGCAAGCAUUCCCGUUUGACCUUCCCGCCGUUCCGCUCGGUCGAAAAUGCUCUCACUCUCUCUUCCUCUUCCUCUCUCUCUCUUCCUCUUCCACUCUCUCUUCCUCUUCCACUCUCUCUCUCCGCUACUAGGACCAAAAAAAACCCCCAACUCCAAACCCAAUGCAAACUCCGAUGCAAUGCGAUAAUAUGGUAAUCGAUCCGAUGCAACGCAAUGCAAUGCAAAUCCAAGCCCACGUGUUUUCCCCCUACCAAAAUGCCGAUGCGAUAAUUAUGUAUGUGUAUGUGUGCUGCUGAGGAUUGCUCCCAUUCCCGUUUGUGUAGAUGCAUUGCGUGCUGCUGGCCGAUAAAAUAACGAUAUAUGCUGCCGCUGCGGAAACGACUGUGGCUGUGUGUAAAUAUGUAGCGAAUGUGUGGACCCCCCAAGGAACGGGAAAGGGGAGGGGGUGCCGGAUGAUUAAUGACAGUAGAUGUAAUCAAAGUAACGACUGUGUUCAUGUGU